GACAUUAGCGUAUUUCGAGACGCUCGUGCUCGGCGAGAUUCGUCAUGAUCAUUUCUCCGCUUCCAGUCGGAAAGUGAUUAUGUUGCUGUGCUGACCCAUCACAUCACCGUCCCUCUCCAUUUCCCGUCAUGGGCCUUUUCAACCGCAAGACAAAUCGAGGGGAUGAGAGCGACGAGACCACUGAGGUGAAGAAGGAGAAGGGUGGCUGGAGACGCCCAGCGAACACCGCUUUCAAACAGCAACGACUGAAGGCAUGGCAGCUCAUUCUGACCCCGAAGACCGUUCUACCUACCCUUUUCAUCAUCGCCAUCGUCUUCGCACCUAUUGGUGGUCUUCUCAUAUGGGGCUCCUCCAUGGUCUCAGAAAUUGUCCUCGACUAUACCCAAUGUGAAAACCUCACCCCCUCCUCGGCGAAUGGCUCCCUUUCCUUUUCUACCAUGCCCUCUAGUCAAUACUCUUACAAGCUCCGGGCGGCGGAUGCGGGGAAGAACAUUGUUCCCCCGACUUAUGCUUUCUUGGACAACACCAACAACGCAUCGGUGACGGAUCCGCUGGACAAGAAACAGUGCAUUAUACAAUUCAACAUUCCCGCCGACAUCGAUCCCAGUAGUCUGAACUCGGACCAACUCAAGGGCAAGUUCGAGAGCAACAGUACUCUGUCAGGCGGUGAUUGCAAGCCAUUGGAUCUCCUUAAUGGGAAAGCUAUAUAUCCUUGCGGGCUGAUCGCCAACUCCAUCUUUAAUGACACCUUCACGAGCCCGGUUCUUCAGAAUCCUGGAUCGAAUGUGUCCUCGACAACCUAUGAGUUUUCUGCUAAAGGCAUCGCAUGGCCUGGUGAAGCCCAAAAGUACACUAGCAACCCUGUUGGGCCGGGCGGAUACAAUUCUUACGAUGACAUCGUUCCUCCUCCUAACUGGCAACUUCGCUAUCCCACGUACAACGCAUCAAACAUGCCUGACUUGAAGAACGACGAGCGUUUCCAGAACUGGAUGCGCACUGCUGGUCUCCCGACGUUCACGAAAUUGUAUGGUCGUAAUGACAACGACAAAAUGACGGUGGGCACAUAUCAGAUCAUCGUGGGCCUCAUCUAUCGUCAUCUCGACUGUGUCAUGGAUCGGGGGAAGAAUGCGUUCUUGGGUUGGGCGUAUGUGGGUGCUGCCGCCGUGUUCAUUCUGCUAGCCAUCGCCGGAACUGCUCGCCAUCUCAUCAAGCCACGACGACUUGGUGAUAUGUCACUGCUCUCCUGGAACCGAUGAUGCCUGGAUGCCCUAGAUCACGACUGACCCGUAAUAACAUGUAUCACCGACUGGACUGCCAUCUAAUACUAUUUAUUGUAUCGCAAGCGCUUGUGGUGAAGUGUACCCGA